AUUUAUUACAUCCACGCCCAUUAACAUUCUACUACAGCUGAAGAAUGACUGAACUUUUGCUCAGAGAAGAAACCUCCUACUCAUGGCUAGUAGGACUAUUUUUGAAUAUUUUUGGUUGUGCAGUGAUCAUAUUGCCAGCCACCCUCCUCAUCAGAUAUCUCAAAGAUUCAGAGAAAGUGAAAAGAGGAUCUGGUUCAUUUUAUUCACUAAUCAGGUUAUGCGUGCUAGGAUCUGGCCAGGAUACUGAGCUUGAGAGGCUAGAAGAAGGAAAAGAGAAAGUUGAGGCUAGUACUGAAGCAGCUGCGACACCAUUGAGUCAGUAUUGUACCAAACUCUUUGUGUGCAUACUGGGCCUACAGUUCUCGUUCCUAGUCUGGGGCCUACUCCAGGAAAGAAUAAUGACAAGAUCAUAUGAUGGAGAUACUUUCUCUAAUUCCCAGUUCCUAGUCUUCACCAAUCGAAUAUUAUCCUUAAUCACGUCAGCAAUCUACAUCAGUUUCACUAAGCAGCCCCCACACACAGCACCUCUCUAUAAAUACUCAUUCUCUUCCUUCUCAAACAUAUUGAGCAGCUGGUGCCAAUACGAGGCACUUAAAUACGUUAGUUUUCCAACACAGAUACUCUCAAAGUCCUCCAAAGUGAUACCGGUAAUGCUAAUGGGUAAAAUCAUAUCUAAUAAAGUUUACCCAUGGUAUGAUUACCUUGUUGCUGUAUUUGUUAGCAUAGGAGUGACCAUAUUUCUAUUAGCUACCAAGACACAUAGUGGCGUCGCCCGUGAUACAACCUGUGCUGGUCUCUUUAUUUUGCUGUGUUAUAUGAUAUUCGAUAGUUUCACUUCAAAUUGGCAGAGUAAGCUUUUUGUCCAGUAUAAAAUGUCGUCUUUCCAAAUGAUGUUUGGAAUAAAUAUAUUCUCGAGUCUACUUGCACUAGUGUCUCUCAUCACGGCAGGAACUUUAUUCACGUCUUUAGAGUUCUUUCUGUCUCAUCCUUUAUUUGCUGCUCAUGCUGUCAUUCUCUCAAUUUGCUCUGCAGUCGGUCAGUUGUUCAUCUAUUACACAAUAUCUCAGUUUGGUCCUCUGAUAUUCACAUUCAUAGUAACUUCAAGGCAAGUGUUCAGUAUACUCCUGUCUUGCUUUGUGUAUGGGCACAGAUUGACACUCAUGGCAGUCGUGGGGAUUAGUAUAGUGUUCCUCUCAUUGUUAUCAAAGGCUCUACUGCAUCACAGGAACAAGAAGAGAGUAAAAUAAAGAUAAUUAUGUGUCAUAUUUAAAAAACAUUAAUCUUAAAAGUCAUUGCUUGCCAUGUGA